GAAUGAAUUCUGUGUAUUUGACAUGGGAUUAAGUUUCACAAUCCAUGUCAUCGUGACAGUGACAGGUAUUUGUUGAAGCUGUUCACGUAUGAAGAUAACGGAAACUUAUUAUACAUUAAACAUACAUUGAACUCAGCCAACUUCCCAACAUUACAGAGAGAAGUUGCACCAGACAAACGAGACAGCUAUUGUGAAUCAACAACGUCUCAAUAUCCACUUGUAUUGAAGGUAGUGGUUAUGACAAAAGCCAGCUCAGGUAUUUUUUAGAAGUGCAGCAUUCUUUCGAUGUUCAAGUACAAUUUUUGUCAUCAGGUAGUGGAUUAAGGUUAAUUGGACAGUUUUUGGAUUCUUGAGGGGGAAUGGAAUAUGUGAAUUGUUAAAACAGAGCCAUCUUCUUUCGAUUUUCCCGAAGAGUUCAAGCAACAAUGAGGAAAAUAGUUGAUAAACUGUUGAUUCAGAGAAGAUGGCAUUGUGAAAAACAUGAUACACCCAUCAUCGCAAUUGCAGAGGUGAAGAGGUUCAUAUUUGAUUGCAUGAGGGCACUCAACACUCCUGAUGAUUAUUCUCAGCAGAUGGCUGAAAUACUAGCUGAAGCAGAUUAUAAAGGACACUUUAGUCAUGGAAUGAACAGAUUAGCAAUGUAUGUAGGAGAGGUGGAGAAGAAAACUUGUAAUAACAAAGCUACACCAAAAAUUCUGAAGGAAUUUGGAGGAACUGCGUGGGUUGAUGGAAAUAACGCAUUAGGAGUGGUCGUUGGCAAUUUUUGCAAUAAACUAGCAAUAGAGAAGGCCAAAAUUCAUGGGAUAUCUUGUGUUUCAACCAAGGGAUCGAAUCAUUUUGGUAUUUGCUCAAAGUACUCAGAUGACGCGGUCAACCAAGGUUUCAUCCAGAUCACUUGUAGCAACACAUCUCCUCUUGCAGUACCAACCCGAGCAAAAAAUUCAUUUUUCGGAACAAACCCAUUCUGCUUGGGCGCGCCAGCUCAGGAUGGAGACAAUUUUCUUUUGGAUAUGGCUACAACAACUGUGGCAGUUGGUAAGAUUGAAUUAGCUGUCAGGAAAAACAUUCAAAUUCCCAACACAUGGGCGCUCGAUGAAGUUGGCAGACCUGAAACUAACCCCGAAAAAGCUGUACAGACUCCCAGGCUAUCUCCCUUAGGUGGUAGUGAAAUUAUGGGAGGUUAUAAGGGAUCAGGACUUAUGAUGAUGGUAGAAGUAUUGAGUGGAAUACUUUCUGGUUCCAUGUAUGGCCCUCACAUCCAGAGAUUCGGCAAAAUGACUGAGCCAGCCAACCUAGGACAUUGCUUCAUCGUUAUCAAUCCCGAAUGUUUUGCUCCAGGUUUUAGGUCCAGAUUGUCAAAAAUCCUUAAGGAACUCAGGACAUCUCAGCCUAUUGAUCCUAAAAAAACCGUCAAAGCGGCAGGAGAUCCAGAGAGAGAACAUAAACUGGCUGUAGACAGAGCAGGAGGAGUGAGAUAUGUGAAGAAUCAAAUGGACACUUGCGAGAUGUUAGCGAAAAAGUUGAAUGUUAAACCUUUGGGAACAGUGUUAAAAAGCGGCUGUUAAUUCUUAGGCACUGUCUGAACUAAGUGAAAACUAGUUAUUGUGGAUUGGGACAAAAAAAAGUGAACGUUUGCAGAUUCUCGAAAUAUUACUAGAUUAUGGGGUUUCAGUUGAUAUAUUCAGUACUUUUAUCAUACUCUAAGAUGAAAUAUAAAUCUUUCAGAUUCAAUAAAUUGUUUAUUGUUUCA